AUGGAAGUAUUUUCUAAUUCUGUCGACGAAACUACAGGUUCUGAUUUGUUGUCGCAGUACAGUAUACCUCACCCACGAAGUGGCCUCUAUAUAUGUAUGAAGACUUUUGCCGGCUUUUGUGAGAGGCACAUAAGAGGCUACUGCGAAUCAUCUGGUCAGAAAGCCUUAGUUCAUUUGAAGCAGGAAAAGCAGCUGGCAGAAAACGCUGACGAACCGCAGGAUAAAGUUACAAAAUUGGCUAUUGGAGUUGAUGGUGGGUUUUGUUCUUCACCGCAGUCGCGUACAGUGGAAUCAGCAGACUUUGUUUUAUUUCCGGAACUGGAUAAAAAAAUCAGCUUUUCUCGUUUGAAGGGUGAACUUUAUACGGCGUGUGCAGGCAUUGCUUCAAGCAGUGGAGUUCGUGUAACCGACCAGCUGGAAAGUGGUGUUAGCGAGUGGGACGGUGAGACAAAAGUAACGACAAAACAUGCCAAUCUUCAGCAGCUCGAUAAUGGAGUCAAGAUCCCUUCUACUGGUUGGAAGUGUCAGUAUGAAGGAUGCGGCUUAACAGAAAAUUUAUGGCUGAACCUAACUGAUGGUUGCAUCAAAUGUGGGCGGUCACAGUACAUCAGUGAAGGUGUAAGGACGAAAGGAAAUAAUCAUAUGAAGGAACACUAUGAAGAGUUUAAUUAUCCUCUCGUGGUGAAGCUAGGAACAAUAAGCAAGGGAACUGCUGAUGUCUUCAGUUACGAUGAAGAUGAUUUCGUUGACGAUCCAAACUUGGAAACCCAUUUAAGGCAUUUCGGUAUUAACAUGGAUGUCUUGGAGAAAACUGAAAAGAGUACCUUAGAACUUGAGUUAGAUAUGAACAAAAAGUGGGAGUGGAGUAUGUGCUCUGAAGAUGGCGCAAAUUUGGAAUUGGCCUUUGGUCCUGGCCUUACUGGGAUGAUUAACAUUGGUUCUUCGUGUUAUAUUAAUGCGUCAGUUCAAAUGCUGCUUCAAAUUCCUGAGAUAGCAGAUGUUUACGGGAACCAUGUGGACGAAAUUUUCGGAAAGGUCUCUCCUCUUGCAUCUAAUGACGAUUUCAAUUGUCAAACUGCGAAGGUUAUUUCGUGCUUAUUAAGCGGUGACUAUUCAAAGAAAGACGGGAAAUUCAACUGCAUUACACCAACACAGUUCAAGAGAGUAGUUGGUAGAGGGCAUCCGGAGUUUGCUACUUUUAGACAGCAGGAUGCUGAAGAAUUUAUAAGAUACUUUCUGACCAAAAUUGAUGAUAAUUUGCAUCCUAGCCCAGUGGACGCUGUGAGGUUCAGUGUUGAAAAUCGUUUUGUUGACAACGCUUCUCAUUGUGUUAGAUAUGACGAAAGCGAGGAGCUUGUUUUUUCGGUUACAGUACCCUUGCCGCCUGGAACGGUAGUGAAUUCACUCCUUUACUCUUUGAAAAAUGGACUAGUGAGGAAUGAGGAAAAGCCAAUUAGGCCAACGAUUACCCUCCGUGAAUGCUUGAUAGCUACGUUUGCUGACCAAUGUAUACCGGACUUUCGUUCCCCAACAACUAAUGAGCAGUUAGGUGCUACGCAAGCAAUACGCUUUGCAACUUUCCCAGACUUUCUCAUCUUACAACUAAAGAAAUUUGUCCUAAACGACGACUGGACCAUUUCGAAAAUGGAUGUUGAUGUGCUGAUGGAUGAGACAAUUGAUUUAUCGGAAUUUCGUGCCAGGGGGAAGCAGCCUGGUGAAGUCUUACUGCCAGAUACUCCGUCGGAUAAUGUGGAGCGCCCAGCGACAGAAGUCAACGAACGGUUUGUUGAAACGAUUUGCGCGAUGGGUUUUUCAAGAGCAGCAGCACGUCGCGCAUUAUAUGAGACAAAAGGUGCUGAUGUAGACACUGCGAUAGACUGGAUAUGUGGUCACGCAGAAGAUCCAGAUUUGAAUACUGAACACCCAGCGCUUCCCAAGCCCGCUAAAAAUUUGAAUGUGGAUCCUUCAUUAGUCAGUCAGUUGGCGGAGCUUGGGUUUACUGCUCAUCAGGCUAAGUAUGCACUGAAAGAACAAGGAAAUAAUUUGGAAUCUGCUGCUAACUGGCUAAUAGCUAAUGCUGACAAAGUGCCCAAAGAAGAGUGUUCAGAGAGCUCUGUUGUAGACAGAAAGUAUAGAGAUGGAAGUGCGUGUUAUAAUUUGGUUGGUUUUGUUUCACAUAUGGGGUCAUCACCGCACAGUGGUCAUUACGUAGCCCAUUUAAAAAAAGAUGGUAUCUGGUACAUUUUUAAUGAUGAGAAAGUUGCAAGGUCGCAAAGUCCUCCUUCAUCGUUGGCUUACAUUUAUUUGUACCGACGAGUUUAA